AUGUCUAUUCCAAUUCCCGGUAUCAAAGAUAUCUCCAAACUCAAAUUUUUCUAUGGUUUCAAGUAUCUAUGGAACCCAACGGUGCAUGACAAAAUCUUCGAUAAACUGGAUAUAACGAAAACGUAUAAAAAUCCCAAGAAGUUGAAAGUGCUCGAUCUGUAUCCUGGUGUUGGUGUACAAUCCGCCAUGUUUUACAAUAGAUACUCGCCCCAGCAAUAUUCUAUGAUGGAAAGACGCUCGAGUCUUUACAAAUUUCUGCAAGCAAACUUCAAAGAUUCUCCCUUACAGAUACUAAAAAGAGAUCCGUACGACUGGUCAACCUACUUGCAUUUAAUCGAUGAAGAGCGAUUGUUUGUUCCCGAGGUUCAGCCAUCAGACCGUAUCAACGAUAGCUUUCUAACCGUGGCUAACGUAACAGGUGAAGGCUCAGAAGGCCUUAUUAUGCAGUGGCUGUCAUGCAUAGGAAAUAAGAACUGGUUGUAUAGAUUUGGAAAAAUGAAGAUGUUACUGUGGAUGCCAAGUACCACUGCCAGAAAGCUUCUGGCAAGACCAAGCAUGCGUUCCAGAUCGAAAUGUUCAGUGGUAAGAGAAGCGUUUACAGAUACUAAACUGAUUGCCAUAUCUGAUAGAGACGAGUUGAAGGGGUUUGAUAGUAAAUGUUUAGAAGAGUGGGAUCCCAUUGUGUUUAGUGCCGCGGACAUCUGGCCUACAAAAGGGAAGCCAAUCGCAUUGGUAGAGAUGGAUCCAACUGAUUUUGACUUUGAUGUUGAGAACUGGGAUUAUGUCACGAGGCACUUAAUGAUUCUCAAAAGAACGCCACUAAACAUUGUCAUGGACUCGCURGGACAUGGAGGGCAGCUAUACUUCAAUAGUAGAAUUACUGAUAAGGAACUGCUGAAAAAGUGUCCCAUUGAUUUAACAAAUGAUGAAUUUAUAUACAUAACGAAACUUUUCACAGAGUGGCCUUUCAAACCUGAUAUUUUGAUGGACUUCGUUGAUAUAAAUCAAACAGAGCAUUCUGGUUAA